GGAACAGUGAGAAUUCCAUACGUCUCUGUUACUAGAUUUUUCUGAGCUGAAAAUAUAGUAAGUAAUUUCGUUCUAUAUAGGGAAAAAAAAUCAGUUUCUUGAUUAGUUCGUUUGACUUAAACUUUCUGUCUUCUUGUAUCUUCUGUUUCUCUUCCGUUCCGUAUUUAACUUCAAAGAUCUAUCCACUCUCAACUCAAUUCUUGAGCUGCCAAAUUGUUGAUAAUAUUAUUGGUCAGCAGGAAUGGUGUUCGAUUUGAUCAUGAACUCAAUUCAAACAUCUAUCCCUAGGUUGUAUAAGAUGAGCAAUGUUGCUCAAGCAGCUCUUCUGAUUUCAAUCCUGAUAAUUUCCUCCUUCUGGUUCUUAGUAACCAUAUUCAAGAAGACUAAAAAGCGUUCUUUCCCACCAGGGCCAUGGGGCUUGCCAAUUGUUGGAUACUUGCCAUUUCUGAAGGCCAAUAUGCCUACCCAGUUCGCUGAAUUGGCUCAGAAGUACGGUCCAAUCUUCAAGUUCCGGCUUGGAAACAAACUUUGUGUUGUCCUGAGUUCACCUUCUCUGGUUAAAGAGAUAACCCGGGACCAAGACGUCGUCUUUGCUAACCGCGAUGCCACGGUUGCUGCAGAAGUUCUGACAUUUGGAGGAUAUGACAUUGCUUGGACUGCCUAUGGCUCUUACUGGCGUAACAUGCGGAAAGUUUUCGUGCGGGAGAUCUUAAGUGGAAGCAACCUUGAUGCUUGUUAUGAUCUUAGGAAAGAUGAGGUCAUAAAGGCUAUUGAAUAUGUUGGGAUGAAUGUUGGGAAGCCUGUGAGAAUUGAUGAACUGGCUUUCCAAACAGAACUCAAUGUGAUUUUGAGAAUGCUGUGGGGUGGUACACAUGAAGCAAACCAGAAAAGUGAAAAAGCAGUAGCUGAUUUCAGGGUGGUGUUUGCAAAAAUAGUGAACAUAUUAGGAAAGCCUAAUAUAUCUGAUUUCUUCCCAAUCCUCCGCUGGUUUGAUAUCCAGGGAGUCGCGAAAGAAGCCCACGCUCUUUUACAGGUAGCCGACAGUAUAGUCGAUGCAGUGAUCAAUGAAAGAGUGAAGAUGGCAGAGGACUCAAUAAAAACUGAUGGUAUCAAAAAGGAUUUUCUUCAAAUCCUCCUUGAGCUGAAGAAGUUACCAGAUACAGGGGAAGACAUUACCAUGUUGCAGAGAAAAGCCAUCUUAAUGGACAUUGUGGUUGGAGGGACAGACACGACAGCUACAAUGAUAGAGUGGGCGAUGGCGGAAGUUCUACACAACAGGGAAGCCAUGGAAAAGGUCCAAAAGGAACUGGACGAUGUGAUAGGGUUAGGCAACAUUGUUGAAGAGUUCCAUCUGCCAAAACUCCAUUACUUGGAAGCUGUAGUCAAAGAAGCUUUGCGGUUACAUCCUGCUAUACCUCUGCUCGUCCCAAGGCGCCCGAGCAAAUCCAGCAUUGUAGGUGGAUACACUGUUCCGGAGAAUACCUCAGUGUUUGUCAAUGCCUGGGCGAUACAAAGAGAUCCUGAACUCUGGGAUGAUCCGUUACAGUUCAAGCCCGAAAGGUUUCUGAUGGAAUCGAAAAAUGGGGAUUACAAUGGUAACAAUUUUCAGUAUAUUCCAUUUGGAUCAGGGAGAAGGAUGUGUGCAGGGAUUCCCUUAGCUGAGAAAAUGGUCAAGUAUAUUUUGGCUUCUCUCUUCCAUUCAUUCGAUUGGAAACCAACCACAAGCAAAGUGGAAGACCUUUCUGAGAAGUUUGAUUUUGUCCUGAGGAAACGUAUUCCAUUGUUGGCCAUUCCUACGAAGAGAACCCGAAAACAAUACUAAAAGUUCUGCAUCAUCUGUAAGAGUCCACGUCGAAUUACUGCUAGUUGCGAUUUUUUACUAAAGUAUGCCCCGAUGAUGAAUACUGAGUGAAAUGAAUCGUCUUGUUGAUAACAUCUAAACCUAUCAUUUUGUUAAUAAUUCAUCAGCUAUCAUAUGUAUGCCCAAACCAAAACUUUUCUGUUUGUCAUGUAUUUAGUAAUACAGCUAUCUGCAAGUUUCAGUACUGACAUACUUUUGUGUUUUGUUAUUACUAUUACUGUCAAAAAUACCGAAUACACCAUACGUUUAGUACGGUGAUACGAUCAAUGGG